GCGAAGGGGCGGGACGGAGCCGGGACCGCCCGGCGGGGACGGGGCUUCCGGGUGGCGGCGGAGGCAUGGAGUCGGCGGCGGGGGGAGGCGAAGGUGGCUUCCGUGCCAGCGAGCACCAGCACUCCCGCUACAACCCGCUGCGGGAUGAGUGGGUGCUGGUGUCUGCGCACCGUGUGAAGCGGCCCUGGCACGGACAGCUGGAGAAGCCCCCCCCCGAGGACGUGCCCCGUUGGGACCCCAAGAACCCUCUCUGCCCUGGGGCCACCCGGGCCAACGGUGAGGUCAACCCGAACUACGAGGGCACCUUUGUCUUCCCCAAUGACUUCCCUGCGUUGCAGCCAGAUGCCCCCGAACCUGAUGACAGUGGCCACCCCUUGUUCCAAGCGGCAGCUGCCCGUGGUGUGUGUAAGGUGAUGUGCUUCCACCCGCACUCCGACCUGACACUGCCCCUGAUGUCACUGGUGGAGAUCCGGGCGGUGAUUGAUGCGUGGGCAGAACUGGAGGCAGAGCUGGGGGCCUCCUAUCCCUGGGUGCAGAUCUUCGAGAACAAAGGGGCAAUGAUGGGCUGCUCCAACCCACACCCGCACUGCCAGGUGUGGGCCAGCAGCUUCCUCCCCAACGAGGCGCGCCUGGAGGAGCGGACACAGCGGCAGCACCACAGCCAGCAUGGUGUGCCCAUGCUGCUGGAGUACGCUGAGCAGGAGGCUCAACGUAAGGAGCGGCUGGUGGUGGAGAAUGAGGACUGGCUGGUGGUUGUGCCCUACUGGGCCACUUGGCCUUUCCAGACCCUGCUCCUGCCCCGCCGCCAUGUCCUCCGCCUGCAGGACCUGUGUGACAGCGAGAGGAACAGCCUGGCCUCCAUCAUGCGGCGGCUGCUGAUCAAGUACGACAACCUCUUCCAAGUCUCCUUCCCCUACUCCAUGGGCUGGCAUGGAGCCCCUACAGGCCCCCACCUGCAGGAGGACUGUGGGCAUUGGCAGCUCCAUGCCCAUUACUAUCCACCACUGCUCCGCUCUGCUACUGUCCGCAAAUUCAUGGUGGGCUAUGAGAUGCUAGCACAGGCACAGCGGGACCUCACCCCUGAGCAGGCUGCAGAGCGGCUGAGAGCCCUCCCCGAGGUGCACUACAAGCUGAAGCCUCAGGAGACGGUGUGAUGCUGCCCAGGCCUGUGGCGAAGAGCUCGGCUGAGGUCUGUCGGCUUCUUCUGAGCUUCCUCAUGGACUGUGGCUUCCCCAGCCCUCAUCCUGUCACAUCCCUGCAGUCUCUAUGCCAAAGGGCUUGUCUUCCUCCCAGUCUGGUCUUACUGGUGGAACUGGAAGUGCUGCCCAAUAAACCUGCAAGCAAAGUGCCUCUGGCUGUGCCCUGCUGGCUUCUGGCCUGUUAGGAGGACCCACAGCUGCUGGGAGGUAACCUGGGGGCUGCAGCGGAUGAGCUGCCCGCUGUUGUCUUUGCAUUGCCUUCUUGUCCUCCUGAGGGGAGCUCUGGGCCUGCUGAGCUGCCUUGCAGGCUGAGGAGUGGAAGGCAGGAGGCUGCCCCAGAUGCAUUCAUCUCCUAGGCAGGGGUAGAAGCUGGCAAACUCACCGCUCCUCUUCCUUCUCACUGUCUGGGGAAACAGCCCUCAUCCUGCUUGCCUGGGUGCUUGGGAUGCAGCGUGAGGUGCAGCGUGGGGCUGGAUGCCGUGUGUGGGCCGGGGAACACGGCAGGCAGCUCCAUGCUCUGCUCCCCCCAGCAGCCCCAUCUCCUCCAUGAUGCCUUACAGCUGAUCUGGGGGUUUGUCCUAUGGGGAUGCCCAGUGUAUGGAGCACCAUCUGCUGCCCCAUCCGCAUGCAAUUCUAUUUUAAUUGUCACCGAAGAGCCAUUCUCAUAACUCCCUAAUGAGGCCCGUAGAGUUUUGAAGUCUGAAAGUGGUCCCCUGGGGGCCAGAAAUCUCUUGCAAGCAGGGAGAUUCUCCUCUACAGGACUGAUCUGCUACUGUCAAGACAGUGCCUUGUGGGAAGUGCCACAUGUCCCUGCCUAUGCAUUGCUUCCACAUCCCUGCCAGUGGAAGGCUGGAUGCUGUCUCCGUCCUCCCUGUGAUGUGCCCAUUAUCUCUUCCAGAUGUCCCCAUCACAUCCAGUGUCUCCAUCCUCACUUCUCUGUUCCUAUCCCCUCCAGUGUCCCCAUCCUGCCCCUGAUGACCCCAUCGCAGAGCCCAUAAGACAUUCCUAUCAUUAUUCCCCCAUGUCCAGCAGGUUCCAGAAUUUUUGGGAGGAAGUGGUGGAUGGCGGCAUGUUAGUGUGACUACCGCCACCAUUGCAGCCCCCUGCUUCCCUUCUUCCUUGCAACAAGUGCACGCUCACAGCAAUCAUAGGCCCUGCCCAGCUCUUCCCCAGGGCCGUGGAAAAGUGGCAACGAAUUGGCUUAAAUGUGGGAAUCCAGAUUGGGGUAAUUAGCCGCCGAACCGGUUGUAACGAGGCUCGUCAUCCCCCUGCACGCGCAGUUAGCUCUGAUUUAAUAGCCCACCAGCUCUCAGCCUGGCCCGCCGUGCGUCAGCCUGGGGCCGUAAAUGAAACUUGCAGUAAGUCAAGCGGUAUUAAACUUUACAGUCACCGUCUUUAAAAACGAGACUCUUUCUCUAAUAAAUCAGAGCAAGUGGGAUUGUAAAUAUCAGGGCAGGAUCUGUAUUGCUUAAUUAAACAGAACCUAAUGAA